AUGCCGGUGGCACUGUCGUGCCGUGCUGUCCCCUUGCAGAUCGGGGAGGCCGUGAGGGUGCUGCUGCAGCGGCUGCAGGAGCUACAGGGCGAGCGGGUCGAGGCCUACCGGCUGCUGGAGCAGGGCCACCAGGCAUACCUGAGUAGUGCCCCCCACUAUGACUUCCCACGGUACCGGCAGCUGGUGCACGAGGUCACGGUGGCCUUCAGGGGCAUCUCCCAGGAGGUGCUGGGCAUUGCUGGGCGCCUGCGGGAUGAACUCGCCCGCCCCGACCUGGCCCAGCACCUCGCCCGGCUCCAGGAGCGGGAGCAGGAGAAGCUGCAGCUGACAGCACAGCUCCAGCUGGCUCAGCAGCAGGCACAGGACCAGCCCCAGGUGGAUGCCCAUCAGCAGGAGGUGCAGGAGCUCAAGCACAAGCUAAUUAAAACCAUUGAGGCAAUCAGCGAAAUUCUCCAGGACCUCAAGUAUGACUCGGAAGAAGCCGAGUGA